AUGCCGUUGGAUGCUAACAGUCAAGUGAUGCAUUGUCAGAUCCUCUUUAUUAAAGAUAAUAAGAGAAUCUUUUGUUCCUUUGUCUAUGCGUGUAAUUACUACAUGGACAGAAGGAAACUGUGGGAGUCGUUGGAUAAGCACAAGUAUUCUAUUGAUUCUUCUCCUUGGUUGAUUACGGGGGAUUUCAAUGUUACGAGGGAGCUUAUUGAUUCUACAACUGUUAACUCGAAAAUUUCAAGGGGUAUGGUGGAAUUUAAUGAUUGUAUAAAUCGUAUAGAAGUUCAAGAUAUCAAUUGUAAUGGGUUGCAUUUUACCUGGAAUCAAAGACCGAGAGGGGCUCAUGGGGUUUUAAAGAAACUUGAUCGUGUUUUGGGUAAUUUUAAAUUUAUUAGUGAUUAUCCGAAUGUGUUUGUCAAUUUUCAGCCGUAUAGAAAUUCGGAUCAUAGCCCGAUGGUUAUUAAAUUUCCUAUCAGAAAGAAAUUUAGAAUCAGGCCGUUUAAGUUUGUGAACUCUCUUACGUUGCUUGAUGAUUUUCUUCCCAUUGUGGCGGAAGUGUGGAAGGAAGAAAUUGAAGGAUUUGGUAUGUUUAGGCUGUGUCAGAAGCUGAAACUUUUGAAGAAGCCUCUUCGAAAGCUGCUGGGUGCUCAGGGAGAUUUUGCUGGGAAAGUUGCUAAAUGUAGAGAGGAGCUUUGUCGGGUUCAACUUAAGCUUGAUAAGGAGCCUUUUAAUGAAGAACUGAGAAGCGAAGAGGGGUUUUAUAUUCAGUCUUUUCUUAAUGCUAGGGCUGAAGAGGAAUGUUAUUUAAAACAAAGAGCCAAGGUGCAGUGGCUUAAGGAGGGUGAUGCUAAUACUGCUUAUUUCCAUAAAGUGGUUAAGGGGAAAAUCAACAGAAAUAGAGUUGAAACUAUUUCUAAUGAUAAUGGAGACUGGAAGGAAGGGGAGGAAGCGUUUAAACAAGCCCUGGAUAUGGUUAGUGAUGUGACUGUUGAAGAGAUCAAGUUUGCCCUUUUUGAUAUUGAUGAUGACAAGGCUCCGAGGCCUGAUGGAUAUUCUGCAAAAUUUUUCAAAAAAGCUUGGAUGAUUGUGGGGGAGGAUUUUUGUAGUGCUGUGAAAGAAUUUUUUGUUUCUAAAAAAAUUCUAAAGGAGAUCAAUGCUACGGUUAUAGCUCUUGUCCCUAAAAUUCCUACUCCGGGCAAGGUUGGUGAUUACCGACCAAUUUCUUGCUGCAAUGUGGUUUAUAAGUGUAUUAGCAAAAUCAUUGUAAAUAGAAUUCGGGAGCAUCUUGGUUUUUUGAUCUCGGAUAAUCAAUCGGCUUUCAUUCCAGGGCGUACUAUUCUAGAUAAUAUUCUUCUUUCUCAGGAGCUUGUGAGAGGUUACCAUAUUGAUCGGGGUUUUGCUCGAUGUGCCAUGAAGAUUAACAUCCAAAAAGCUUAUGACACUGUUAAUUGGAUGUUUCUUCAAUUUAUUUUGAAAGAAUUUGGGUUUCAUGAUUCUAUGAUUGUUUGGAUCAUGAGUUGUGUUACUACUUCUUCAUUCAUGGUUAAUAUUAAUGGGAGCUUUCAUGGAUUUUUCAAAGGCAAGAGAGGGUUGAGGCAGGGAUGUCCGUUAUCCCCAUACCUUUUUACCCUUGUUAUGGAGGUGUUCAAUCUUAUGCUAAAGAGGUGCAUUCAUGAAAAUGAAGGGUUCAGAUAUCAUUGGAGGUGUCAAGAUCAGAAGCUGACUCAUUUGUGUUUUGCUGAUGAUUUAAUGGUUUUUUGUCAUGGGAGUUCGGGGUCUAUCAAGAUUGUGAAGAGGGCGUUAGAUGAAUUUGCUAGUGCUGCGGGUCUUUUGCCAAACUUAUCUAAAAGUCACAUCUUUUUUGGAAAUGUUAAGGAGCAUUAUAAAAGGAAAAUAUUUAGGAUUUUACCUUUUGUUGAAGGUGAACUUCCGAUGAGGUAUUUGGGGAUUCCUUUGAUUUCUACAAAGUUAUUCGUAAGAGACUGCAAAGGAUUGGUGGAUAAGCGAAGGCUAGAGUGA